AUGUGGCAGAAAAAGAUCUUUCUAUUCUUCGUCAUCAUCAGUACUGUCAGCCUCCUGCUGCAUCAGGGAGGACACUGGAACUGGAACAUGAAAUCAUUCCACUUCGGCUGUCGUGCUGUCCCCCGAGGCCCACGCUCCAAACUCACCAGCGUAGUUUUCCUCAAGACGCACAAAACUGCCAGCUCCACCAUGCAAAACCUCCUGUUCAGAUUCGCUGAACGCCACAACCUCACCGUCGCCUUACCCAUCCCCGGCUGUGGUCACCAAUUCUGCUACCCCCGCACCUUCACCAGUCACUUUGUGUAUCCGCACAACCUCUCCCCGAACAUAAUCACCAACCAUAUGCGAUUCAACAAAGCGGAUUUACAGCGUUUGAUGCCCGCCAACACCACCUACAUCACCAUCAUGAGAGAGCCCAGUUCCAUGUUUGAAUCGCUGUUCGUCUACUACAGCCAGUAUUGUCAGAGCUUCAAAAGAGUGCCCAACGCAUCUCUAGAAGCGUUCCUUGAUAAUCCUUGGCGUUACUACCGAGCUGAAGAUAAGGAUUCGAUGUACGCGAGGAAUACGUUGACUUUCGAUCUGGGCGGGGACAAGGACCGCCCCGCGAAAGACGAGGCGUACGCUAAAAGUUUCACCGCGCAGGUUGAGAAGACGUUUUCACUGGUCAUGAUUUCCGAAUAUUUUGACGAAUCGCUCGUCUUGCUGCGUCACCUCCUCAACUGGGACUUGGAGGAUCUUGUGUAUUUCAAGCUUAACAUGAGAACCGAAAGCUCGAAGCAGAGUUUGAACCCGCAGCUUUCGGCUAAAAUUCGCGCGUGGAAUUCGGUGGACGCCUACCUUUUCGACCACUUCAACGCCUCGCUGUGGCGCCAACUGUCUGCGCUCGGUUUGGACUGCGUUGGCAGGGAGGUACAACUUUUACGGCAAGCUCAAGAAAAACUCAUGAGGACCUGUUUCGCUGGACAGACCGCCCUUCGCUCUGCAGCACAGAUCAAAAACAAAGAUUUGAGACCAUGGCAACCGAACGGCAAAGUCGACAUAGUUGGUUAUGAACUCCCUUCCAAUAUCAGCGUUGGGGCUUGGAGUCCCCCUGAUGUUUGUCUAAAACUGAUUAUGCCUGAAAUUCAAUACACAAAAGUUCUUCUACGUUCCCAAUCAAUACGAUAUCGGCGGUCGUAUCAAUAUCGCGCGCAUCUACCGCAACAGGCAGUACGCACAGUGGUAAGGCAUCCCCAGAUUCAUCGUAUAGACCCAAAACCUGCCGUUGUACCCGCGCCAGUAACCAAGACAACCUCAAGUCCCAAAACAUCAGGAACGCAAAGCCAGUCGGCGAUGCAAGAACCACAUUGA